GCAUGAAUCUUUGGUCCUAUUUAACCUGAUUUAAUUAGUUAUCUCACCGGGUAAUGUUGGGUUAUAUAUAGUAUGUAUGUAUUGCAUUCUUGCACCUGCUUUCAUGCAUUAUCCUUCCUUGAAUUGUUAUCCAUGUCCUUGUCACUUGUUAGUCAGUUAAUUACUUAACUUGACUAGAUGCUUAGCCCUGCUUAGAAUAUUUAUAUUGCUCGCUAGACAGGAAAAGUUUGGAGGAUCACAUUUACCGGUUACCCUUGAUCACACUGGUUCGAUUUGUUUUAUGCUAGAGGCCUUGGUAUAUUAAUCUCCCUACCUUUGAAUAGCUCAUUCUCAUGUAUAUUCAUAGAUUCAUAGCCUGUAUUUCCUCUCAUGCAUGUUGUUUCAUGGUGAUUGUAGAAGCAAGAAUAAUCUAAGACCUUACUUGAAAAGAAGCACCCGAAGGGCGCAAAGGCCGAAAGGCUAUUUUUCCAGGGUAGGAGCAAAAGAGACUCUUUAAUAAUAUAGGUGGCAUGGAAGUUGUUUAGUAUCUGAGAUAUUGAAGACUGUGGGGACGAAAUUAGCUCCUCUGGUAAUCAAAGAGCUCAGCUCUACUGCAGCUGUGGCUAAAGAUCUUAUGGAACUCCAAAAUCAAGUAGAGGAGAUCAAUCUUUGGCUGCACACAGUAGGUGAUCGCGCAAUGAGAAAUGACCAGUCAGCUAAUUGGCUUAAAAGAUUAAAAGAUGCAGCUUAUGAUGCUGAAGAUUUGGUCCAUGAAUUCCAUAUCGAGGCUGAGAAACAAGACUUAAACGUUGGUGGCAAGAAGAAUGUUGUGGUCAAAUACUUGUGGAAAAAACCAAAAUCUGUUGUGUUGGAAUACAAGACAGCUCACAAGAUCAAGGCAAUAAAGAAGAGAUUUGAAGCAAUUGUGAAGGAAAGAAGUGACUAUAGCACAAUAGCAAAUAGCAUGCCUGUAGAUCAUCCUAUUCUACACAUAAACAAGACAACUGGGGAGGUUCCACUAUGGACUAAUGUGGACGUGAGAUCAAUAUUUGGGAGGGACCAAGUGAAAAGUCAGAUUAUAUCUAAGCUGAUAGAUACUGAUGCCCAACAGAGUGUCAAGAUAGUUUCAGUCAUUGGGUUAGGUGGCUCAGGGAAAACUACACUCGCGAAACUAGUCUUUAAUGAUGGUAACAUUAUAAAGGAGUUUUUCGAAGUCAUACUGUGGGUUCAUGUGUCAAGAGAAUUUUGUGUUGAAAAGCUUGUAGAGAAGUUGUUUGAAGCUAUUGCUCAUGAGAAGCCUGACCACCUUCCAUUGCAGCGUGUGAGCACAACAAUCUCAGAGAAGUUGGCCGGAAAGAGGUUCCUACUUGUCUUGGAUGAUGUUUGGACUGAGGACCGUAUCCACUGGGAGCAAUUCAUUGUACAUCUGAAGAGUGGAGCAACUGGAAGUAGCAUUUUACUCACAACUCGUAGUAGACAAGUUGCCGAAGCAGUGGAUUCCACAUAUACAUGUGACCUGCCAUUUUUGUCUGAGGUGGACAGCUGGAAAGUGUUCCAGCAAAGUUUGGGAAUGUCAAUUAAACAUUUAGACCCUGAAUUCCUACAAGUCGGGACAGAGAUUUUGAAAAAAAUGUGGUGGUGUGCCGCUUGCUAUUAAAGUUCUUGCAGGUGUCCUCCGUGGAAUGAAAUGGAUAAAUGAAUGGCAAUUGAUAAGAGAGAGCAAUUUGUUAGAUGUAGAGCAUGGCGAACAUAGAGUAUCUGCAUGCUUGUUGUUGAGCUAUUAUCAUUUGCCACAUCAUCUGAAGUAUUGCUUUACACAUUGUUCUAUAUUUCCAAGAGGCUAUGUAAUCAACAGGCGUCGUUUGAUUUCCCAAUGGAUAGCCCAUGGCUUUGUCAAACCGGCAAAUCAAGUUCAACAACCAGAAGAUGUUGGACUUGCCUACUUUGAUUCUCUUCUGAAAGUAGGUUUCCUUCAAGAUGCAGAAGAGUAUCAGUCUAGCAGUGGUGAAGUAACGACUUGCAAAAUGCACGACCUGGUUCAUGAUCUCACCAGACAAAUUCUACAGGAUGAAUUUUUGUCUGGGAUAGCAGCUACUGAUCAAAUAAAGAGGUGCAGAUAUUUAUCUUUGAUUUCAUGCACUGGUGAGGUUGAUAGCACACUAUUUGACAAGGUUCGUGCUCUCUACAUUUCUAGGAGUAACAUUGCAUUUGACAAGACAACAAACCAUCAGUAUUGUGUCCGCACUAUUAUAUUGGACUAUAUACGUGCUGCUUCAUUGCCUCUCCUUAUAUCCAAAUUUGAACUCCUGGGGUAUCUUGAAAUCUACAAGGUUAACUGUGAGGAACUCCCAGAAGCUAUCUCCCACUGUUGGAACUUGCAGGCCAUUCAUGUAAUAAGUUGUAAAAGAUUUGCAAUUGUACCAGAAUCUUUAGCCAAGCUUAAGAAGCUGAGAACUCUAGAACUGGUUACAUCGAAUGUCAUGACUUUACCUCAAUCUAUUGGAGGAUGUGAUAAUCUUCAAACCUUAUACAUACAUGAUUGUAGACUGAACGGUAUCCCUGAUUCUGUUGCAAACAUUGGAAAACUAAGGGUAAUUAGUAUAGUGUUUCCCAUUUAUCUCCGAAGAGCACUACCUUCUUGGUGCCCUCUCCAACACCUGCCUCAAUGCAUCACUUUGCUGAGUCAUCUGGAAUAUAUAGACCUUAAAAAUUGUUGUUUGCUGGAAGAGUUGCCAGUGUUAGAUAAUUACCCUUGCUCUUGCUUGUCAUCAUUGUUUGUACAGUAGAGGGAGCUCCUGCUCCUGUUGUGCCAUGCCUGGUCCUUGACUUGGGCGGCAGAUGGCUGUAGCAAAUAGUAGUAGGUGCAGUUGGCAGCAUGACUGCAGUAGCUAGUAGUGGUAGGGACUGCAGAACACUAUAGCACCUUACCUUGUAAAUUCUAAUCUUGACCGGUGUGCCUAUAAAGAGGAGAGCAGCUGCAGCUCCGAGUCUUAAGCAGCUCCAUUUUGUGUGCUCUUCCUGAGUCCUUCUUCUUCCUCUCAUCUUCUUCCUCCACCUGCAAGCAAGAGGGUGUUGUGUGUAUGUGAGGGAGUGCCAACAAGUGGUAUUCAGAGCUUGAGUGUUCGAGUUUGGUGGCCAUGGCUUCCCUGGAUCGUGAGCAUGGGCGCGGGCGUUCUCAGGAGCGUGGCCGUGGGUGCCAGACGACGUACGUCGUGAAGAAGAUGGUGCGGGACGUCAGCGGCGCGCAGUACCCCAUGCUCACUCGCACGAACUACGCCGAGUGGGUGGUGCUGAUGAAGGUGAUGCUCAAGGCGAGGCGCCUGUGGGCGGCAGUGACCGUGGGCACCGCUGACGAAGAAGACGACCAGUCGGCCAUGGAGGCCAUUCUCAAGUCGG